GCAGAAAAGUAUUGACAAGAAGAAUCAACAUAAGCUUAUUCUGUGUUUGAAAGCAUUUAUGAACAACAAGUAUGGAUUGCAGAGAAUUUUUAGUGAAGACAGAAGUCUCCUUUUGCUGGCAUGAGCUAUUGACGCAAGCCAACAUGAUGACAGAAAUGUUAAAGAUAUUAUCUACCAUCUGCAUAAUUGGAGAGGACAAUAUCUUGGAAAAACUUCUGGAAGCUAUUACUACUGCAGCAGAAAUCCAUAACAAAGAACGUUUUGCUCCAAUUGUGGAAGCACUGGAGAACCAUGAAGCCUUCCAGUUACAGGCAUCCUGUAUGCAAUUUAUUAAUGCACUUCACACCUCCCCUGAAGAACUUUAUUUCAGGAUACGGUACAUUUGAGAAAUGAAUUUUUGAGAUGUGGAUUAAAGCAAAUUUUACCGGAACUAAAGGAAAAGGAAAAUGAAGAGCUUGAUAUUCAGUUAAAAGUAUUUGAAGAAAACAAAGAGGAAGACCUUCUAGAACUCUCACAUCGACUCUGUGAUUUUCAAGCAGAAAUGGAAUAUCCUUUUUAUACUGUGCAUUCUGCAAAUACUACAGAUCUGUAAUAUUUAAAGCUUGGUGGCAAUCUGCAAGUCAA